UUCUCGCGAGAGAGAGCCCCUUCAGGCACAAAGGUGCGGUCCCCAAAGCGUCUUCGCCUACAUCAACUCCCGCCCCUGCCACCUGCGCGCCGGGCCGUCCCGCGCACGCGCGCACACGGAGCCAGACAGUUGGGUUUGUCCCAGCUGUUCCUCUCCGCACUCAGACCCCCGGCGCGCGACCCGGCGCGACACUACGGCGCAAACGCCGUGCGGGUGGGGGCGGCUAGGGGCGCGCAGGCGCCGCGGGGAGUGUGAGGCCGCGCAGGCGCGGACGGCGUUGGUUUGAAGAAGACCUUCAGCGUUGCCCUGGCGGAGCGGAGACAGGUCCUCUGGUUGGAGAUAUGUGUAACACACCAACUUACUGUGACCUAGGAAAGGCCGCCAAGGAUGUCUUCAACAAAGGAUACGGAUUUGGCAUGGUCAAAAUAGACCUGAGAACCAAGUCUUGUAGUGGAGUGGAAUUUUCUACUUCUGGUCAUGCUUACACUGAUACAGGAAAAGCAUCAGGCAACCUAGAGACCAAAUAUAAGGUCUGUAACUAUGGACUUACCUUCACUCAGAAAUGGAACACAGAUAACACUCUUGGAACAGAAAUCUCUUUGGAGAAUAAGUUGGCUGAAGGGUUGAAACUGACUCUUGAUACCAUAUUUGUACCGAACACAGGAAAGAAGAGUGGAAAGUUGAAGGCCUCCUAUAAGCGGGAAUGUUUCAGUCUCGGCAGCAAUGUUGAUAUAGAUUUUUCUGGACCAACCAUCUAUGGCUGGGCUGUGUUAGCCUUUGAAGGUUGGCUUGCUGGCUAUCAGAUGAGUUUCGACACAGCCAAAUCCAAACUGUCACAGAAUAAUUUCGCUCUGGGUUACAAGGCCGCAGACUUCCAGCUGCACACUCAUGUGAAUGACGGCACUGAAUUUGGAGGGUCUAUCUACCAGAAGGUUAAUGAGAAGAUUGAAACAUCAAUAAACCUUGCUUGGACGGCUGGCAGUAACAAUACCCGUUUUGGCAUCGCUGCUAAAUACAAGCUGGACUGUAGAACUUCUCUAUCUGCUAAAGUAAAUAAUGCCAGCCUGAUUGGACUGGGUUAUACUCAGACUCUUCGACCAGGAGUCAAACUGACCCUAUCAGCUUUAAUCGACGGAAAGAACUUCAAUGCAGGAGGUCACAAGGUUGGGUUGGGAUUUGAGCUAGAAGCUUAAUGUGGUUUUGAGUAAAGCAUCCGAUUUGUCCCUGGAGGUGAAGAGAACCCACUAUGUUUUGGCCUUAAAAUUCUUCUGUGAAAUUUCAAAAGUGAACUUUUUAUUCUUCCAAAGAAUUGUAAUCCUCCCCACACUGAAGUCUAGAGAUCGCAAGUCCAUCCUGAGGGAGGUACUUGAAGGCAUGCCUGGAAGUUGUCAUGUUUGUGCCACAUUUCAGUUGAGUUCCACAGUGUUAUUUUAAAUGUGUUCCUCAGCGACAAUGUAGUGUCAUGUUACAAAGGAAAUGACCCAAUCCUCCAGUUUGUACAUCACGUCCUGCAUGUCCCACACCACUUUUUCAUGCCCUUUUAAUAUAUUGGUCUCUGUGCUGUAGUGGAAUCCUUGGUUUUGCAUCAGAGUAAAAUAAAAUAAACCCAUCACAUUUGGAACAUAA